AUGACGGGUGCCUUUUCAGAAUGGCGCAAGCUGCCUAUAGGCUUGAGUGAAUUAUGUAUCAAUACAACUCUGCGCUGUGGCCAAUCAUUCCGAUGGCAGAACAUCCCCGAUAGUGAAGAAUGGCGCUGUGUGCUUUAUGGCAAUCUUCUAUCUCUGAAACAAGACUCGUCCCAUCUUUACUAUCGUGACUACCGUUCACCAACUUCAACUUCGCUUCCAACCCCUCCGGCCUCCGAGACUCCCUCCCGUGCGCAAUCAGACACAGAAACCGGUGACAACAAGGCGCAAAUACACAGUGGUCAUGACGACCAUGUCCUCCGCAUCAUAAAACAUUAUCUCAAUCUGUCAUCCAAUUUGUCCGACCUCUACGCUCAAUGGUCUUCUCAAGAUCCCAAUUUCAAGAAGAAAGCUGCCCAAUUCACGGGAAUCCGGAUAUUGCGCCAAGAUGCCUGGGAGGCCCUAGUGUCAUUUAUCUGCAGCAGUAACAACAAUAUUUCCCGUAUUUCGCAAAUGGUGGAAAAAUUGUGUCUCAAUUAUGGUCCAUUUGUUGCCAAGAUCGGCGACCGCUCAUACCAUGAUUUCCCUACGCCCGAGGCUUUGGCCGGUAAAGAUGUGGAGAGCAACCUUCGCACUCUGGGCUUUGGGUAUCGAGCGAGAUAUAUCCACCGGACCGCUGUCAUAGUGUCCCAAGAACGUGAGAAGGGAUGGCUAGACGGUCUUUGCAACCCUGAAUCACCAGCAUUUGGCGGUGAAGCAAAAGGUGGAGAUGAGAUGGAACCCGAAGGGCGGCAGGGCUACCGUGAUGCCCAUGAGAAUCUGCUUGAGCUGCAAGGCGUCGGGCCUAAAGUGGCCGACUGUGUGUGCUUGAUGGGCCUGGGAUGGGGGGAAUCUGUUCCCGUUGACACCCAUGUAUGGCAAAUUGCGCAACGAGACUAUCGUUUCUGUAAAGGUUCUCAUAAAUCGCUGACCAAAGCGACCUACGAUGCCGUUGGCAACCACUUCCGCAAGCUUUGGGGCCACGAAGCAGGCUGGGCCCAUAGCGUGCUCUUUACGGCAGACCUGCGAUCCUUUGCCGAUCGACUUGCACAAACAAAGAAAGUCGCUGUGUCAGUGAAGGAGGAGGAGUCAGAGGUCAAGAUCAAGACCGAAGUGACAGCUGCUGUGGCAUUGACGGCGCCUAAAGAAGAGGCUGUCGCCUUCAACGUCGAGGACUCGGAGACCAAGCCUACGACGAAAGGAAGCAGAGUCAAUAAACGAAAGAAGUCAGCAGACGGCAUCUUGCAUGCUUCUCAGACGACAGAGACCAGAAGAGUGUCCAAGCGACUACGUCGAUAA